AUGUUCCCACAGGGGAGCCUUCCAUCGCAGUACGCAGAGAAGCAUGGCUACGAGACGUUCAUUGUGGAAGCCCAGGACUACGAUACGAAAGGCUACCAGCAAUCCUGGGCCAAGGUGAUGGCUAUGCGACAUGCGUUGACGAAAUACCCGGAUGCGAACUACAUCUGGCACCUCGACCAGAAUGCUUUCAUCAUGGAGCCCUCGCGAACGGUGGAAGAGGUCGUUGCCGAUCCUCGCGUCCUCGAAAGCUUGAUGAUCAGGGACCACUCGGUCGUACCGCCGGACAGCAUCAUCAAGACUUUUCAGCGUCUCAAGGGCCAAGAGGCCGCCAUGAUUGUCAGCCAAGACAACGACGGACUAGUCGCAGAUAGUGUAUUGCUGAAGACGGGCGACUGGGCGCGAUUUCUAACAGAGACGUGGAUGGAUCCAUUGUACAUGUCGUAUAACUUCCAGAAGGCAGAGAGGCAUGCACUGGAGCACAUUGUGCAAUGGCACCCAACGGUGUUGUCCAAGCUUGCGCUGGUCCCCCAGCGGACAAUGGCGUCGUACGCUCACACGAACCUGGGUGAGGGCUACCGAGAGGGCGAUUUCGUAGUCAUGCUGAAGGGAUGUACCGUCACGGGUGAAAGCAGCUGCGAGCGAGAGUCUCAGUGGUAUUGGCAGCGGUUUCGGGAGUUGAUAGUCCAGAUGUAG